CAUCCAGCCGCCCCGGCGCCGGCCGGCCUCUGUUCGCUGCGGGCCCGCUCUGCGCUCCGGAGGGACGCGGCACCGCACCGCCUUCGGAUCGCGGGGCAGACGCUGCGGCGCUGGGAUCUUCCCGUGCCGCGGUCCGGACACCACCAGCAGCCCCAUACUGGUUCCGCGUGGGAUAAAUGGACCCACGGCCCCCAUCCCGGUGGGAUUUGCCCAUGCACUGAGGAGGAGACUGCGUGCACGGAAGGAGGUGGCUGUGUGACCCCCGGGUGCAGACGGAGGGAAUUUGACCCCACUGCCCCCACUUGGCCAAGGGACAUGAGUCAUGGGGUGGUGUGAGCGUGGUGUGCAGAUGCUGUUGGCGACCAUAGGGGCGUUCGGGGCCUUUGGCUUGAUGACCAUCGCCAUCGGCACUGACUACUGGCUCUAUUCCAAGGCUCGAAUUUGCAACAGCACCAACGGCAGCCAGGAGGAGCCGCCCCAGGACCGUAAGGAGCUCGGCUCCCUCACUCACUCUGGCCUCUGGAGGGUGUGCUGUCUGGAAGGGCUGAGGCGGGGAAUCUGUCAGAAAAUUAACCAUUUUCCCGAAGACACCGACUACGAGCACGAUAGUGCGGAAUACCUCUUGAGAGUGGUCCGUGCUUCGAGCAUCUUCCCGAUCCUGAGUGCCAUCCUGCUGUUGAUGGGGGGAGUGUGCAUCGCCACCAGCCGGUUCUACCGGAGUCGCAGGAACAUCGUCCUGGGCUCCGGCAUCCUCUUCGUAGCUGCUGGCCUGAGUAACAUUAUCGGGGUGAUUGUCUACAUCUCAGCCAACGCGGGAGACCCGAGCACCAAGCGGGACGAGGAUAAAAAGUUUCAUUACUCUUAUGGCUGGUCCUUCUACUUUGGGGGUCUCUCAUUCAUUGUGGCCGAGGCGGUGGGGGUCCUCGCUGUCAACAUCUACAUCGAGCGGAGCAGAGAGGCCCGGUCACGUCGGAGCCGGACCGCCCCGGCUAAACCCAGCGGCUCCUCCGCCCUCCGCCUGCCCUCCUACCGUUUCCCCUACCAGCGCCGCUCCAGGGACGAUACAGCCGCGGCAGACUCUUCCUCCGGCCUCCCACUCGCCUCCGCACCGCCCCCUCCAUCCUCCUCCUCCAUGGCCGUCCCUGCGGCUCCGACCGCCCCCUCCUCCUCCUCCUCUGCCGCCGACCUCUCCCUCUUCGCUCUGUCCCGCGACCCCUCCAAGGGCACCCUGGCCAACCUCCUCAACUGCGAGAGGGAGGCGGGAUUCCUGCAGCUCCACAACUGUUUUGGAGGUGGCACAGACGGGGGUAAGGAGGUCUCGGAUACCAACACCCUGAACCGCAAGACUACGCCUGUCUGAGACGGCGGGGGGGGCAAAGGGGAGGGGGAGAUAGAUCCACCUCGAUCUCUGCGGCUCACUGUGACGGGACGGUUGGAGAGAGAUUCACCUGAGUCUGACCCCGUGAGUGUGUGAUGGGAUGGUGUGGAGGGAGCUUCACUGUGUGUCCGACCCCGGGAGUGUGUGAUGGGACGGUGUGGAGGGAGCUUCACUGUGUGUCUGACCUCGGGAGUGUGUGAUGGGACGGUGUGGAGGGAGAUUCACUCUGUGUCUGACCCCGGGAGUGGGUGAUGGGACAGUGUGGAGGGAGAUUCACUCUGUGUCUGACCCCGGGAGUGUGUGAUGGGACGGUGUGGAGGGAGCUUCACUCUGUGUCUGACCCCGGGAGUGUGUGAUGGGACGGUGUGGAGGGAGAUUCACUCUGUGUCUGACCCCGGGAGUGUGUGAUGGGACGG